AACGAUUCAACGAAGCUGUUCACGACAGACAGACAGACAGACAGACAGACAGAGCACAGAACAAGAACGAGGGCAGAAAGACAGCACAGCACAGCACAGCAUAGCACAGCACAGCACAACACCAUGUCGGACCAUCCCAGUUUGGAGUCGAUCGAGGCAGGCGAGGAGUUCAACCUCGAGUCUGCCCGCGCAGUUGUCAACGGCAUCGCCAAGGAUGGCGACGACCUUCUCGCCGUGUACGCUGUUGAAGUCAUCAAGAAGCACUUAAAGUCGAAGGUGGAGCUCGACCUUCUGCUGGAAGCUGGUCUGACAGAUGCCAUGAACAAAGUGCUGGACGCUGGUCACGAAGGAGACGUCAUGACAUCACGCGUCCCUUCCAUGCUGGAGCUUGCUGCCCACGCUCUCAAGUUCGAGGGAGCAUUUGAGAAGCUGGAUGCAGAAUGCAACGUGAUGAAGCACCUCGCCCAGUACACGGCCUCUGCCAACCAGCCCGUUAAGGCGAGUGCCUUCAGUGCAACAGCCGACCUUGCACUGUGCACCGCAAAUGAAGGGACCAUCUUGGCCAACGCGCACUACGGCACAGCGCUCGAGAACAUGACGCGGGCAGCGUCGCUCGGCGGCCAGUCCGAGGUGCAGGUGCAUGCACUCCACUGUCUUGCGGCGACAUUCACACGGCUGUCAGAGGCUGGCUCUGAGCGCGCGUUUCAAAUUGUCAACGAACAUGUCUUCAAUGGAGAGCGGCUGCUGUCGCGCCUUGUCCACCUGAUGAAGGCCGCGUUUGAGGACGUCAAUACCGCCGCCCACGCCGUGCUUGCAGGCAUCUGCCAUCACGCAUGGGGCCGCAAGAUGCUUGAUUCGCAGCCGGCGUUCUACGAGCAGGCCACUGAUCGCAACAGCGUGCGCUCGUAUGAGGUGACAAAGCUCCGACACAAGAUUGCCUCGCUGUAUGCGGCGAACAAGGACGAAGGGGUUGACCCCGUGCACCGGGCACGCUAUGCAGUGAUGGUGGAGGAGGGCGCGUUUGCAAAGGACGUCGUGCCGCGUGUCGAGGUGGCAACAGAGAGCUGAGCACUUCCACGCACACGCACACGCAUACGCACACAUGUGCACGCGUGGGCAACUCGCAUGGCCCGCCGCUAUGGCUGUUGCAGUUGACGACGUUGUUGCUGUUGUUGUUGUUGUUGUUGUUGUUG